GUGAGCAUAUUUCUUACAAUGUUUCGCGACCAACAGACGAAGGGCAAAAAACAUGUGAAAUUGACGUAUCCGUCAAUGGACGUCUUUGGUCAUCGUGUUUACUUGGCGAACAACAUUUUCGUUGUUACCGUCAACAAUCUAUCUCAGAUCGUCGAGGGAUCGCGCCUAAUUGCCAUCAACUUCCAUGCUAUUUACAACAAUGAAAGCUCUGUAGCGAUCAUGCGCAAAUGGGAAAAG